AUGGCGGACUCGCCGGUGGAGCUGCCGAGCCGGCUCGCCAUACUGCCCUUCCGCAACAAGGUGCUGCUCCCUGGCGCCAUCGUGCGGAUCCGCUGCACAAACCCCAGUAGUGUGAAGCUGGUGGAGCAAGAGCUCUGGCAGAAGGAAGAGAAAGGCCUGAUCGGGGUACUUCCUGUGCGAGACUCGGAGGCAACAGCUGUUGGCUCUUUGCUGUCUCCUGGUGUGGGCAGUGAUUCAGGUGAAGGAGGCAGUAAGGUUGGCGGUUCUGCAGGAGAGUCAUCAAGGCAGGACACAAAAAAUGGGAAGGAGCCCAUUCACUGGCACAGCAAGGGAGUUGCUGCCAGAGCUUUACACCUUUCCAGAGGGGUGGAGAAGCCAAGUGGAAGGGUUACAUACAUUGUUGUUCUUGAAGGUCUAUGUAGGUUCAACGUUCAGGAACUAAGUGCAAGAGGACCAUACCAUGUUGCCCGUGUUUCACGCCUUGACAUGACAAAGACUGAAUUGGAGCAGGCAGAGCAAGACCCAGAUCUUAUCGCUCUUUCUAGGCAGUUUAAAGCUACUGCCAUGGAACUAAUUUCUGUUCUAGAACAGAAGCAGAAGACGGUUGGUAGGACAAAGGUGCUUCUUGAUACAGUUCCUGUUUACAGGCUAGCUGAUAUUUUUGUUGCUAGCUUUGAGAUGAGUUUUGAGGAGCAGCUUUCGAUGCUGGAUUCAGUUGACUUGAAAGUUAGACUUUCCAAGGCAACUGAACUUGUAGACAGACACCUGCAGUCCAUUCUUGUAGCUGAGAAAAUAACGCAAAAGGUUGAGGGGCAGCUAUCAAAGUCGCAAAAAGAAUUUCUACUGCGCCAGCAGAUGAGGGCCAUAAAAGAGGAACUUGGUGAUAACGAUGAUGAUGAAGAUGAUGUGGCUGCACUGGAAAGAAAGAUACAGAAUGCAGGAAUGCCUGCUAAUAUUUGGAAGCAUGCUCAAAGGGAAAUGAGGCGCCUACGAAAGAUGCAACCUCAGCAACCUGGUUAUAGUAGCUCUCGAGCCUACUUGGAACUUCUUGCUGACCUUCCUUGGCAAAAGGUCAGUGAAGAAAGGGAGCUUGACCUUAGAGCUGCAAAAGAGAGCCUUGAUCAGGAUCAUUAUGGACUAACAAAAGUUAAGCAAAGGAUUAUUGAGUAUUUGGCUGUUCGUAAGCUUAAACCUGAUGCCAGGGGUCCAGUGCUGUGUUUUGUUGGACCACCUGGUGUUGGGAAGACAUCUUUGGCCUCCUCCAUAGCAAAGGCCCUGAACAGAAAAUUCAUAAGAAUCUCUCUUGGUGGUGUAAAGGAUGAAGCUGAUAUUAGGGGCCACCGAAGGACAUAUAUUGGAAGCAUGCCAGGGAGACUUAUUGAUGGACUAAAGAGGGUAUCUGUGAGCAAUCCAGUGAUGCUUCUAGAUGAAAUUGACAAGACUGGUUCUGAUGUACGUGGUGAUCCAGCAUCAGCACUACUAGAAGUUCUUGACCCUGAGCAGAACAAAGCAUUCAACGAUCACUAUUUGAAUGUGCCGUUCGACCUGUCGAAAGUCAUAUUUGUUGCAACUGCCAAUAGGAUGCAACCUAUACCCCCUCCUCUGUUAGAUAGGAUGGAAGUCAUUGAGCUGCCAGGCUACACACCCGAAGAGAAGUUAAAAAUAGCCAUGAAACAUCUCAUACCAAGGGUAUUGGAGCAGCAUGGCUUGAGUAUGACAAAUCUUCAGAUUCCUGAGGCUAUGGUCAAACUGAUCAUCGAGAGGUACACGAGAGAAGCUGGUGUGCGCAAUCUUGAGCGGAACCUAGCUGCGUUGGCCCGUGCAGCUGCUGUUAAGGUUGCAGAGCAAGUUAAAACUCUUAGACUUGGCAAGGAAAUGCAACCAAUUACUACAACUCUUCUUGAUUCGAGGCUUGCUGAUGGUGGUGAAGUUGAAAUGGAAGUUAUUCCUAUGGAGCAUGAUAUAUCAAACACUUACGAAAAUCCAUCUCCUAUGAUUGUUGAUGAGGCUAUGCUAGAAAAAGUACUUGGGCCUCCUAGAUUUGAUGAUAGAGAAGCUGCAGACCGUGUAGCAAGCCCAGGAGUUUCAGUUGGUCUUGUCUGGACUUCGGUUGGUGGGGAAGUUCAGUUUGUGGAGGCUGCAGCCAUGGUGGGCAAGGGUGACUUGCAUUUGACUGGGCAGCUUGGUGAUGUUAUUAAGGAGUCAGCGCAGCUAGCUCUGACAUGGGUGAGAGCAAGAGCUGCCGACCUCAAUUUGUCACCUACUUCUGAUAUCAAUUUAUUGGAGAGCCGUGAUAUUCACAUACAUUUUCCUGCUGGUGCUGUGCCAAAGGAUGGCCCUUCUGCAGGUGUGACAUUGGUAACGGCACUGGUGUCACUUUUUAGUAACAGAAAAGUCAGAGCAGAUACUGCUAUGACUGGAGAGAUGACUCUAAGGGGCCUUGUAUUGCCAGUUGGUGGUGUUAAGGACAAGGUACUUGCGGCACAUCGAUAUGGAAUCAAGAGAGUAAUUUUACCUGAAAGGAACUUGAAGGACUUAUCAGAGGUUCCAUCACCAAUUCUCUCUGGCAUGGAGAUUCUGCUUGUGAAGCGCAUCGAGGAAGUACUCGACCAUGCUUUCGAAGGAGGAUGCCCACUUAGAUCACGCUCCAAGUUAUAG